AUGAUGAAUAAAUUUUAUUAUUCUUUUAAGAAUAAGGAAAAUGAAAAUGACGCAACAGAUAAAAUUAAAGAAAACAUUUUUAUGAAAGAUAAUAAUACUUAUGAUUAUAAUGAGAACAGUUAUGAUAAGAAUAGUAUGUAUGAUGAUAAUAAAAUAAUAAGAAAAAGAAGCAGGAAGAAAAAAGGCGAACAGGAUGAAAAUAUGGCUUCAAAAAAUAUUGAAAGAAAAAGUUCUUUUAAUAGCUUUCAUUUGGAUAAUGAAAAUGUAAAUAAGGAUUAUUAUUAUGAAAAUUAUGAUAUGGAUGAUAAUAAAUAUGAUAAAAAUGGAAACGUAAAUUAUGACAAUUAUAAUAAAAACGAUGAUAUGCUAUAUAAUAAAAAUGAUGACAUGCUAUAUAAUAAAAAUGAUGACAUGCUAUAUAAUAAAAAUGAUGACAUAUAUAAUAAUAAAAAUAAAAAUGAUAAUAGUAAUUAUAACAAUGGUAAUAGUCUAAUUAAUCCAGAAUUUAUAAAAAAUAUUGGUAUAUGUUAUAAUAUAAUAAAUGAUGAAACUAAAUUUGAAAAUGAUACAUGUUUUAAAAAAAUUUCGGAUAUAAUUGAGUUAAGAAUUACCCAAAUAAUUGAAGAAGCUAAUAAAUUUUAUGAGAAAAGAAAAAGAUAUACCAUAAAUAAAUAUCUAAGUAUAGAAGACCUAACAAAUUGUUGUAAUUAUUUGAAUGUUGUAAUACCAUAUAAAUAUAAAAAUAGUUUCUUUUAUAAUUUUAUCACAUUAAAUGAAAAUUAUAAAAAUAAUAGAAUUAUAUAUAGAUUAAUUUCUAAAAAGGAAUACCCAGAUUAUUUAAAAAAAAAGCAUUCCAGAAAGACAUAUGAAAAAAGGAAAAAAAAUUUAUAUCAUAUGCAAAUGAAAAAGGAAAAAAUUAAGAAUAUGCAAAAUAAAAAUGUCAAAGAAAAAAAUAUUAACAAAAAGCAUAAUAAAUAUAAUAAACAUAAUAAACUUAAUAAAUAUACAAAGAAAAAUAAAAACAAGUUUAAACAUAGUAGUAAACACAUGUUCAAAAUGUUUCAUAACAAUUUUAUAGGAAAUGAAAAGAAAGGAACAAAUAAUAGAACUAAUUUAUAUAAUGAAUCAUACCAUAAAAAACAUAAGAACAAAUAUAAAACACAUAAAAAUAAAAUAAAUAAACAUUCCAAGAAAAAUAAAAAGGAACACAUUAAAAAGGAUACAGAAGUUGAUCAAAUAAAUAACAAAGAAUGUGAUAUUACAAACCAUGAUAAAUUUAAUAGGUUUAGUGAAAAUGAAAAACAUGAUUCACCAAAAGAGGAACAAGAUGAAUUAAUAAAAUUGGAUAUGAACUUGUCAGACAAUUUGGAUGUAAAUUUAUCAGAUAAUAUAGAUAUAAAUUUAGAUAAUGAACUGGAUGAAUACUUUGAUGAAUUUCUAGAAGGUCAAGGACAAGAAGAAAAAUAUAGUGAAGAAAAAAAUCAAGACCUAUUAGAUGAUGAUAUAUUCAAUUUUUCUGAUGAUGAUAAUAAGGAGGAAAGUAAAGAAAAAUAUUUUGACAACAAAAAUAAGUCUUCUGAAUAUAAUAAUAAUAAUGAAAAUAAUAUUGAUAAGGAUAAUGAAAAUAAUAUUGAUAAGGAUAAUGAUAAUAAUAUUGAUAAUGAUAAUGAUAAUGUUAAUGAUAAUAAUAAUAAUAAUAAUAAUAAUAAUAUAGAUCUUGAUCUAAGUAGUUUAGAUUUUAAUAAUAACGAUAAGAAUUCUAUAAUAAUUGAGAAUGAUCAAUUAAAUGAUGAAGAUAUUUUUAGUGAGGACUUAAUGAGUAAUAACAUAAAGAGAGAGGAGAAUAUAAUAAAUUCUGAUGAAUAUAAUAAAUUAGAUAUGUCUAAUUUAAAAGGUAAUGAAAAUAUGAAUGAGAACAAUUUUAUAACUCCUUCUCAUGAAAAUAAUAAUGAUAACCUUUCAGAUACGUUACAAGAUGAAAGGUCUAUAAAAUCUGAUAUAAAUAUGAAUAUAGAUAAUAAUAUAUUAUAUAAUUCAUAUAUAAAAAAUAAUGAAAAUAAAAAAAAGAAUGUUCUUAAAAUGUUAUUAUGUGGUAUGGAAAAUAACUUACCUGCUGAAACAAAUAUAACCAUAUUUUGGUUAUUCGUACAAAAUGGUUAUAGAGAAAAAAGAAAGAAGAAAAAAAAAAAAAAAGACAAAGAAAAAGAUAAAGAUCAAAAUAAUAAUUAUAAUGACCCAGGUGAUGAAAUACAUUUUAAUUUUGAUGAGAAUGAAAAAAGAGAAGAUAAAAAUGUAGCUGCUUAUUUUAAUUAUCAAUGUCAUGAAAUUUUAUAUACUAUUGAGAAAAAGAAAAGGUAUAAAAAUUAUAUAGGAAAACAAAAUGUACUAAAUGAACAUGAAAAUUUUAAAUAUAAUAAUAUAUUUUUAUUACCUAAAUUUUAUCCUAUAAAUAAAGAAUAUGCAAUAUUAUCUAAAUAUAUUUUGGAAAUAAUAAAAGAUAUUAUUAAUUAUCGUAUUAACUUUUUUGAUUAUAAUAAUAUUCUACAUAUUUUCAGUACAUCGAAACAAAUAAAUAAAAUACUAACGAAUAUUUUAUUUUUUCUUUUUAAUGAAUUAGAUCAUAAUUUAAGAUUAAAUAAUAUCUAUGCAUCUUUGAUGUUAUUAAUAUUAUUAAAUGGUAUAAUAAAAAAUAAUAAUAUUGAUAUCGAUUUCUAUUGUUUGCAGAUAUUAAAAAUGUUAAUUCAUGUUAUUAUAUAUGAACAUGAAUUACGAUUAAAAAAUAUUUAUAUUAUUUUAUUAUUAAAACGAAAAGCUUGUGAUAUUAUUAUAGAUUUUUGUUCAGUGCUGAAGAAACAAAAUAAUAAUGAAAUUAUAAAUAUUGAUUAUUAUUUAAUAUAUAUAUUGAGCAAAUUAUUAACACAUAAUAAAUGUACAUAUAUGCAUAUAUAUGUGUCAUAUUAUUUAAUAUAUUUAAUGCCAAUUAAUAUUCACAUAAAAUUCUUUUUAUCAUAUACACCUAAUUUCUUAACGAUAUUUUUUAAAAAAUAUAUAUAUUAUCAAAAUGUGUAUAGUUCUUUUUCAUCUUAUGAUCAAAAAGAAUUAAACGAGUUAUUUAAUUUUUUCUUCUUUCAUAUAUAUACACUAAUACAAGGAUCUAUAUAUCGUAUAUUUAAAAAUAUUAAUUUGUUAAUAAUUAAUUCAGCAUCAUGUAACUAUUUAAAUUAUUUGUUUAAUUUUAUUAUUAAUUAUGCCGAUUAUCAUUUACCAUUAAUUUUAUGUAUCUUGAAUGUUAUAGAUAAAAAUUAUUCUCCACAUAAAAACGAUCCAAUUUAUCAUCUUCAACAAAAGAGAAAAAAUAGUAAGAAGCGAAGAUUGAAGAAAAUUAAGAAAAUAAUGAUGAAAAGGAUGAAAAUAAAUAUAAACAAAAGGAGAACCAAAAAGAAAAAAAAACUUAAAAGAAAUAAAAAAAACAAUAAUAAAUAUUUAAUUAAAAGCAAAAAUUAUUUAAAGAGUGUUAAGGAUAUCACAAAGUUUUAUUUAAAUAAAAAACCUAAUAGUGAUAAUGGAGAUGAUAGUUAUUAUGAAGAUGACUAUUUGAAUCCUGAGUCUUUUAAUUCAAAUAUUUUUGGUCAUAAUAAUUAUAGCAAAAAACAAUAUUUUAAUUCUUACAUUAGGAAAAGAAUAUCUCUAAACAAACCGUUAAUUCAACAUAGUAAGGAAAAAAAUGAGUUACGCACAAACAUUGCUGUUAAUAAUGUUUUAAACAAAAUAUUAAAUAAGUUUGAAAAACGAAGAAAAAAAAAAAAACAUAAAACAAAAAAUCAUCAAUAUGAUGCAUAUUUAUAUGACACAUGUUAUUACUUUUUAUAUACAUUCUAA